AUGCCGGCCUCGGAUAAUAUCCCACCCAUUGCGCGGCCCUUUGUCAGUGAACGGGCCAAGAAGACUCUUGAUCUGGUCGAAGAAUUCGUCGAGAAAGAAUGUAUCCCCGCAGACGCCCUCUUCUCCGCACAACUGGGCGAGGGUGAGCAGCGAUGGAAGACGACCCCGCCCAUCCUGGAGGAGCUCAAGGCCAAGGCCCGCAAGCUGGGUCUCUGGAACAUGUUCCUGCCCAAGAACCACUUCAGCGAGGGCGCGGGCUUCAGCAAUCUCGAGUACGGCCUGAUGGCGGAGUACUUGGGCAAGAGCAAAGUGGCGCCUGAGGCUACUAACAAUGCCGCCCCGGAUACCGGCAACAUGGAAGUGCUGGCCAAGUACGGCACCGAGGAGCAAAAGCGACAGUGGCUCAAGCCGCUGCUGGAGGGCGAGAUUCGCUCCGCCUUUUUGAUGACGGAACCGAACGUGGCCUCGAGCGAUGCGACGAAUAUCGGGUUUAGCAUCCGUCGAGAGGGCGACGAAUACGUCCUCAAUGGGACGAAAUGGUGGUCCUCCGGUGCCGGUGACCCUCGCUGCAAGCUCUACAUCGUCAUGGGCAAGACCGAUCCCUCCAACCCCAAUCCCCACCGCCAGCAGUCCGUCGUGCUCUGCCCUGCCGGCCUCCCCGGCAUCACCGUCCACCGGAUGCUGUCGGUCUACGGAUACGACGACGCGCCGCACGGCCACGGCCACAUCAGCUUCAACAACGUGCGCGUGCCCGUCUCCAACCUCGUCCUCGGCGAGGGUCGCGGAUUCGAGAUUAUCCAGGGCCGUCUGGGCCCCGGCCGCAUUCACCACGCCAUGCGCACCAUCGGCGCGGCCGAAAAGGCGCUCGAAUGGAUGAUCGCGCGGGUCAACGACGAGCGCAAGAAGACCUUCGGGAAGCCACUGUCCUCGCACGGCGUUAUCCUCGAGUGGAUCGCCAAGUCGCGCAUCGAAAUCGACGCCGCGCGGCUGAUCGUGCUCAACGCGGCCAUCAAGAUCGACCAGGGCGACGCCAAGGCCGCGCUCAAGGAAAUCGCCCAGGCCAAGGUGCUGGUGCCGCAGAUGGCGCUGACGGUGAUCGACCGGGCGGUGCAGGCCUGGGGCGCCGCAGGCGUCAGCCAGGACACGCCGCUGGCCUACCUGUGGGCGUUGGUGCGCACGCUCCGCAUCGCGGACGGGCCGGACGAGGUGCAUCUGCAGCAGAUGGGUCGGCGGGAGAACAAGGCGCGCAAGGACGCCAUCACCGCCAAGCUGAAGUGGCAGAAGGACGAGGCCGAUCGCCUCCUUACCGCCAAUGGGUUCAAGGUUAUGAGUCAUCUAGAAAGAAGAACGAAACAAAACCGAGAAACAAUGAGGCCCUUUUUUUUCGGUGCAUAUGCAUGCACAAUCCAGUGUAGAGCGUAUCUACGUACAUACAUACAUAAAUACAUACAUGCAUACAUACAUAUGUACAGUACAAGAGAUAGAAAUUAUGGUCAUGAAAACAAAAAAAAAGGUUUGUCGAAAGAGGAAGCUCGUCAAGACUUUAUUCAUUCAACAGGUCAAAUCCUGCUUGACCUGAAAAACUCCAAUUGA